AUGGAUUACUUUUCUCCCUUUGAGCCAUCUGUGGAGCACCUAGAUCCCACAACUGCCAUCCUAGAAUACUUCGGUCUAAGCUGUGAAGCUGCCGUCCCUGUAUCCGAUCAAAUCCAAUCCUCUGAUCAAAUCCAAUCUUUUGAUCAAAUCCCAUCCUCUGAUCAAAUCCCAUCUUUCGACCAAAUCCAAUCGUUUGAUCAAAUUCCACCUCACAACCAAAUCCAAUUGCUUGACCAAAUCCCAUCUUUCAACCAGAUCCCAGCCCUUGACCAGACGUUUAAGAGCCCAACGCCUCUGGCAAGCCCAUAUACCCCGGAGGGGGUGUACUGGGUAGCAAGCAACAAUUUCGAUAACUUGGGCAACUUCAAUCACAUUUCUAGUAAUCAGCAUGAUAUAGAGAUUGUGGAUUUGGAAGCUGAUUUCACGCCACAAAUUAAUGACUCUUCUAAAGACGACCCAGCCCAAUGUUCUCUCAGGGACUUCCAUAACAAUACCGAGAUCUCAGGCAACUUCAAUUACGUCUCUGGUGAUCAGCUUGCCAAAGAGGUCGUGGAUUUGACAAGUGACGAUAUCGAGGUCUCGAACAACUUCGUCGUCCCUGGUGAUAAAAAUUCCAUGGAGAUCGUGUAUUUGGAAGCCGAUAUCACUCCAAACGCUAAAGACUCUUCCGAAGCCGCAUCAGAGAAAACAACCCUUGCCGAAAAUGCCCUCAAGGACUUCUAUCGGACGAUUAAGACGAAGAAGAUGUGCUGGCUCAACAACUCUGAGACUGCCACCUCCGAGGCCAAUCGCACUUACAAGGAGAUGAACAAGGACAAUAAAAAAGUCCUUGCUAAAGUCUCGUAUGCCGCUUGCGUUGGUAUUGUGGGAACAAAUGACCGCGUUCGACGCGCCUUGGGAGGGACAUUCAAUAAAGCGGUGACGGCAAUCGGCUCCUUCUCAGAAGAAGAAGCGAUUCCCUUUUUCAUAAGGGACAGGAACGGGAAGGAAAUCUGCCAAGGGAGCGGAGUAAAGAAGGUGAAGACAGCGAAGAAAGUGAAGAAAGGGAAGAAAGGGAAGAAAGGGAAGAAAGGGAAGAAAGGGAAGAAAGGGAAGAAAGGGAAGAAAGGGAAGAGGGUCACCAAAAAAAUCACCAAAACCGGCGAAGUCAAGAAAGCCCCAGCUCAGAAACCCUACAAUCCAAGCAUUGACGAGCUUGCUAGGAUGUUGGAAGAAGAGUUGGAGAGGGCCAUCGAGCCAUCGGCCGACGUAUAUAACCCGACGGACCUUGAGCUGGCGAGGAUGAUGGAAGAAGAGCUGGCCAGACAGUCGUGA